CUGAAUCUAUCGCAUAUCUUAUCAUGUUUAUAAAAUAUACUCAACCUAUUUGAAAUAUUUAUAAUGUACAAAUAUUAUUCUUAUUGACGUCUCUUGCAUAUUUGCCAGAUAUAUGAAUGCAACAGUGUUGAUUAAUGACAUGACGUUAAACAUGGACCAAUCAGAACAAAGCUGCUUUACUGCUGUGGUAACCUUUACGACGCAAGGCUAUUUGCUUCAACCUAUACUCUGAAAUUUGGCGAACUAUUUUGUUUAUUACUAAACAUGAGCUCCAGAAAGAAAACAAGACGACCAAGUCUAAAAGGCUCGUUAAACCCGUCUAAAAGGCAUAGGGAUCGUGUAAACGUUGAACUAGACAACUUGGCUAAACUUUUGCCAUUUGCUCCGGAAGUAAUCGCCAAACUCGACAAACUUUCUGUUCUCCGUUUGAGUGCCAGCUAUCUCAGGACGAAAAACUUUUUCAAAGGUCUUGAUUUUGGUGCGAAGCUAAACGACACUGAAAGCUUGUCAACAUUGGAUGAGUUUGAAAAAACUGGAUUGAUCAGUGAUCUCUUAUUAGAAGCAUUAGAUGGUUUUCUAAUGGUAUUAACACAAGAUGCAGAAGUUUUCUAUGCUUCUGAGACGAUAAAUGAUUUUCUGGGCGUAUCACAGGCGAGUGUUAUUCAUCAAGAUUUCAUGAGAUUUGUACACGUUGAAGAUCAGCAGUUGCUGGAGAAUAAUCUCAAAUUAGUUGUCACUCCUCCUGAGCAGAAAAUUCGUGAAAUUAUUGAUGAUGAGGAUGCAUUACCUUCAGAUCAUCUCAAUACAGACCACAGCAACAUUGGAGAGAAACUAAGCAAAGAAAGAUCAUUUGUUUGUCGAUUGAAGUGCAUCUUAAACACUAAUGCUGGAUAUUAUAAGCCUUUCAAAUGUCACGGUCGCUUACGUGCAGUUAAAACUAACGAUCCAUCAACACCUCGUAUGGCCUUGUUUCUCAUUUGCUCACCAUUAGAAAUAUCCACGUCGAUCAUUGAAGUACGCAUGAAAUCCAUGUUAUUUUGCACAAAGAAUAAAUUGGACCUCACGUUUGUUGAUAUUGAUCAAAAAGGGAAGCAGAUUGUUGGGUAUGUGAAAAAGGACAUUCUAGCUCAGUCGAGCUAUUGUAUGAUGCAUUAUGAUGAUAUUCCAAUUCUAAAAAGAAUGCACCAUGAUUUGAUGACAACUGGAUCUUGUGAAGGUGUAUUUCGCUGGUUAAAUAAGAAUAAUAAAUGGCAAUGGCUGAGUGGUUCUGGUCGUGUCAUCUUAAAGAAUAAUCGUCCAGAUUUUGUGAUUACAACAAAUAAACCAUUGUCCGAUGAAGAAGGUGAAGAAGAAGUCAGAAGAAGAGAACGUGAGAUGGGAAUCAUUCCAACUUCCCCAUCUUCUAUGUUGUCCGUUUUACAACUUGGUUCCCCACCCGGUAACCCACCUGUCAAUGUGCCUGAAGACUUUCGACCGCAAAACCCCCCGCAGUUCCCUUCUAAUCCUAGUGUUCCUUCCUCAAUUGUCACACCCGGUCUCUCGACUACCUCUUGUACUUCUGACCCAUUCCCACCUGAGGAUCUUCCAUCGGACUUAAGCACAGAAAUAUUGUUCGAGACAAAUGGCGAUGACUAUGAUUCUCAAGCUUCCCUGUCAGACUUGGACAGCAUAGUUACAGGAGAUUUGGUGCAUAAUCUCUUUGAUUUGGAAACGAAGGACUUGAAGAUGAACUGCUUUGAUGAUAGUAAUACAGUUCCCCUGACUCAUGCACCAAAUACGACGUAUGCAUCGUCGCAGAUUGUUCCACCCACAACGGAACUUGACCCAUGGAUGCAUCGCUCUCAAGGCCCUUUUUUUCGUCAACCUGCAUCAAACAUGGGAAUGGCAUCUUCCAACAUUGGGGCUACAAAUGAUUCAUCAACUCGUUUCCUUGACGAAACAAAUCUUGGUAAUUUGCAAACGGUUUCAGCACGAUCGGGACAACCAUCCCCGGGUGUAAGAUCACAAAAUUUACCUCCGAACAUGUUUUCAGCUCCUAGUUUAGUUCCCACACAAUCUAUUUCACAAAACGUAUCCCAUGUAAAUGGUCAGUUUCAAAAUCCGUCAGCGAGAGUUGUAUCACAACAUGGCAGUUUGGAUUCGAGUCGCGUUGGGUUGCUUAAAGUUCGUUCGCAACAAGCAGCAGACGGAUACAUUAAACCUGAGCGUUCAACAGGUUAUUGUUGCAACCCCAACAAUCAAAUGAGCUCGUCCAUGUCCUGGGGAAUGACAAAUAAUUUAUCAUUUCAAAGUCAAAAUAUGCCGCUUCGGCAAAAUGAUUAUAGGUAUCAAAAUAAACUGAAUUACACUAAUCAACGCCCGUCUCAGUGGGCUAUGGCUCCCCCUAGCCCAUAUUCUUCUGGAUCAUCUUCAACUAGCUCAUACGAUGCCUUACACGUUCAGUUCUCGCCCACCGAAUCGCUUGCCUCACCCUUUGCAUCGCCUCAUGGCGAUAAAGACCACAUUCAGGGUAAUUUACCAUUACAUGCUCAAGGCCCUCAAUACCUUCUUCGAGGACCUCCCGCUAUUCAAGAACCUUUCCUGGAUAUGUCGAACAUAUCAUCCCAGGGAAUGGUAGAGGAACUUAUACCGGGGAUAAAUCAGACAUCUCCUGUUGGAACUCGCCAAACUACUACUCUAUCACAUAUGUGAAGGUGAUGUUGACAGACGAUUAACACUCGCGCUUAUGGAGGAUACAUGGCUAACUACUGUGUCUUAUUGUGUUUGGAAAGUGCGAGGCUUUUGUUGCUCUCAUGAAGUACACUUCGUCAAGAAUGGAUGUCGACAUUGUCCUUGGUUUUUUCAGAACGGAAUCCGGCCCUCAAUAGCUGAUACACUCUUUCGCUUGCGAAUUGUUUUUCAAGAUAUGAAGUUGGUUUGCUGUGUUACUCGAUAAACGAAUUGUCAUUUGCAUGACCGAAAUUGGUUUUUAAAAACAAAGACGUUUUAACCUUGCAUGACCUUAUAUUUACGAAGGGGUUAUUAAUGUUAUUUUUUGAAAUAGUGUUCCUGAUUUAAUGUCUAAGGAUGUUACCUUGAAAAAACUAACUAUUUUUUAAAGUGUGCGUUAAUCUAUUGUAUAUAUGUAAUGAGUUAGCAUGAAAUUGGAAUAAUAUAUUUUGGCUUAAAACAUAUCUUUAAAGAGAUUGUAAAUAUAUUAGUGUGUACUGGUUAGAAACCUUUGCGUCAUUCUUAGCUUAAUGGUUUGUUGUGCACAUUAAUAAAAAAGACUUUUGAACUGGGAA